UCAACAGACACGACGGUUAGACCGCUUCCUGAUGCCACUCUUAUCUGCUACAGGAUAACUACAAAUGGACCAUCACUGGGUAUACUGCUUGGUGUUUUGAGACAUGGACUAUCCAUUGUCCUUCCCACCAAAUCCAUCCGACAGGCGGCCGAAAUUCCGAAGGGCUGCCAUUGCCUGCCGACGAUGUCGUCGUCUUCGUGUCAAGUGCCGACAUAAUGAUGCUCGGCCCCCAUGCGAAUCAUGUAGCCAGACCGGUCACGAAUGUGUCUUUCCGCAACGAGGAGAACCGGAUUUCGAUCGUGCUUACCGGCAUGACCGCAGACGCAACAAACAGCCGGGAACGCCUGCGCGGCCAGCGGAAUCAGAUUCACAAACACAUCCCCCCCAAGUCAGUACCAUCGACAGGGAAGGUUCGUCCCCAACAACCGAGCCUCAAAAUGAGGCUGAAGAUCUUAUGUCGCUCGGGCCGUUUGAGCUCCAGGACUCAAGUGGUAGCCUCUCUGGUUCGCAAGCGGGAUGGAAUCUCUUGCCCCCUUUCGAAGAGGUUGUGGAAGCCUGCCACAUAUUCAUCCGGUCUUAUUUUCAACUGGGGUUUCUGCCAAAGACUAGUUUCUUCGAACGACUUCACAAACAGAGAGAGACGAUCAGCGUGUUUCUGCUUCUCAGUAUUCUCAGCAUCUCGGCAAGAUUCACUCCCAGUCUCGUCCGACGCUAUGGUAAUGGCCAAAAUGCAACGAAUAUCUUCCUAAAAAGAGCGGCGACCUUGACGCUCGACUACAUGUACAAGCCAACCUUGGAGGCCAUCCAGAGCUUCUUCCUUAUCAGCCUGGCGGAAUGGGGCAAAGGGGAGAAAGAUCGAAGUUCGACGCACAUGGGGAUUGCGGUCCGCAUGGCAGGAACACUACGUCUGCACAGAGAGGAGACCUACCUGCUACCAGAAAAUGCGACCGCUGACGAAAUUGUGGAAUCAGAAGUGGCUCGAAGGACAUUCUGGAUGUUGGAAAACCAUGACAAUUUGCAUUCUGGGUAUAACUCGCCCGUUCCAUUUGCCCUCGACGACAUUACUGCCUUGUUACCUUGCGAAGAGCAAGAGUUUGCGUUCGGAACGGUCUCCACCGAGCGUGCUGCUUUGAUGGGGACAGCGGCAGCGUUGAACAAUGAUAAACUCACCAAAUCGCCUUCGAGAUCGCUCUUCGCCACCUUGAUUCAAUGCCACAACAUCUGGGGCCAGAUCGCACGUCGGGUGGCACGAAACGAAAUCAAUUCACAACACGGGCGAGGCCUAAUGGCAAAUCCAGCAGUCAGCGUGGACGAACAUCUCCGACUCAUGACGCUUCUCAGAGACUUCGAGGAUCAUCUUCCAACCAAACAUCGCUGGUCGAUCUGGAAUCUCCGUGGCUUCAAGGCGGAGAAGCUCGACCUUGCCUACCUCUCGGUGGUCACCAUGAUCAGGCUGAGCAAUAUCAUCCUUCGAAGAACUCCCGUGAGUGGCGCCGGCACGAUAGGAAUGUCCCAUGGCUGUCCGAACAUAAGCCUCCCCACAACACAGUGCCCGACGUUGGACGGAGAAUCGAAUAUCACGGAAGAGCUAUUCGACAAUUUGGUCGUGUUGAAUGAGCAGAUUGAUGCCUUCUUCUCUCUUCGCUCACGCAAACAAGGAUUUCCUGCUUUCAUCAUUUAUUGCGUGUACAUCUGCGGGACCCUUGCAAGCCAUCUACAGAAGCAGAAAGACUUUUGUGAGUCUCGAGACCACGCAGCAUCACGCGCCGAGGAGAUUUUGGCGAGCUCGACGCGGCUCUUGGGAGACCUUCAAGACGCAUGGCCCAUGACAAAGCGCUGGAGCGAUGCUUUGCUGAAUGCAUACCAAGGUCAAGGGGCCUCUCGCCCUGUUCAGCCGAAUGGAGAGCAGCAAGCGGACGACAGCUCUGCGGUGCGUGUCAGCCGACCGCCCGUAAAUGACAAGACGGUGACUGGCAACCGCAACGCCACGUCUCAGGGAGGCUUGCCAGGGAUUCUGGAAGAAUUCCACGCCAACGACUGGAACAUGCCCGAGCCGUCAGACACCGACGUGAUGGACCUGAUGCUCGAAGACCCCUGGCACCAUGAAUACUCCAGCGGUAUCUUCAUGGAUAACCUGGACGCGGGGUUGGCUUUCAAUCUAUGGCCUAGCGGGGAUCUUUGGCAGAACUGA